AUGCCUAAAUCCCACAACCUAGGCCUUAAGCGCAAGCCACAUCAGCAAUUUGGCGCUGCUAUCCAUGCCAUGGCGGGAGCCCAGUCGCAAGCGCAAACACCUAGAACCGAGUUCCAAGUCAAAGGGCGCAGCCGAGCUACAUAUCGAGAACCAUUAGGACGACGAGAUGGUGGGGAUACAAGACAUGCUGACCGCAGAGAGCAUGAGCCACUCAAGAACCGAAUAACCCGCAAUGAAGAGCCUCAAGAAGUCCUCGGAAGCCAGAUACCACGUGAGCAAAACUCCACGACGCGCAAACGAGGAAGGCUUGAUCAAGCUGAGCAACAACCAAAUAAGAGGAUGCGCAUGAGCCCCAUACAUGAAUCCUCGUCUGCACUAGAGGAAACCCGCAAAGAGCUGGUACACGAGGCCACUGCAAAGGCUCAGAAAGCGCAAAUCGGUCAGGUCCCGCUCGCGAAACAGAGCGAGGAAGAGCGAAGGGCCUUACGCGCCAAAAGGUUUGCUCCGCGCAAAGAGCAGGCCAGAGCCGCUGCGGUGUAUAGCUAUGCUUCCUCGAAGGAAGCCGAGAAACAUGUAACCACCAAAGAGAGCGAAGUUGACCGCAGACCUACGCCCAUGGGAACACCUACUGAGCCUUCCUCGAAAGCUACUACUGCGUCUGCAAACAGCAAGACUCUCAAAGAGAGCACUAAGAAGCAUACACCCACUGCAACGAAAGGAGAUGGUCAAGAGCACACGUCGUUAUCAAGCGCGAAGCGAGCUAGGACAGAAGAUGCUGGUUUCGAGGAGCAUUUGAACAAGAAACCGCGAUUAGCUGCCGACAACAACUGCCACACCUCGUCACAACAAACUAGCAUUGGACCCAAAACCAAGGCCAAGGCCAAGGUGAAGGAAAUCCCAGGACAGAACACAGGAAAGCCUAAAUCCAGCCUUCACGGUCAUGCAAAUCAAGUUUUGCAGAAGCCCCGAGUAGUAAUCGAUGACGAUCGCAAGGUGCCCGAGCCAGAUCCGGAUAACAAGCCGCUCGACUUCUUUGACUAUGAUGAAGACAGCGUGCCCAUCCUUUACUCCAAUUUCAUUGAGCACAACGACAUGGUAGAGCUCUCUACCGAGCCGUCCCUUCACCUGAGACAAGGCGCGCUUGCACUGCUUAGGCGACCGAAUUGGAAAUGGACGUCCAGUGACUUCGGACGUGAAGAUGUCCCCAAGCAUGAGUCAACUCGAAUUAUCGAUGACUGCGACCUGUAUUUCCGAAACGGCAAGGUACAUGUUGCAACCGAGCGUGGUCUUCUGCUGGCAGCAGACUACUUCAAGCUCAUCGGGGUGCCAGAUACACAACCAAUUCGCUUCAACGGAAAGAGGCCUGCAUGGACGAAGCCCAUAGAGUCGAAGCGUCAUUAUCGUCACGUCGAGGAAUCCUGUAUGCCCAGCGAGGUCGAACAAUCCCAAGGCCUAUUAGAAAUCAUUUCUGGCUCUACUGUCAUGGUUUUCGAGCGGGUUAGCGAACGUUUUGAAGAAAAUGACAUUGAGCUGGCGUACGGCAUGCGACUUGAUACUGGCGCGAAGGGAUGGUUCCCGUACGACAACACUUGUCCAAUUGGCUGGGGAAAAGAGACAGCACCGGAACCAGAGACUAAGGGCGACUCCGACAAAGAUAUCAUUGAUUGGACCACCUUUUCGUAUGCUCGUCUUGCCGCAGCAGCAGCGGCGAUGGUGACGGCGGCAGUUACGCAAGCGACAUCGCUAACACAGACCCUGCAGUCAAUCACCGCACAGUCUAUUCCUCCUCUCGUAAAGGCACCGGCUAGCCCGGUAUCAGCACCUACUAUAGCCCCAGAAAUAUCCAUCGAUGGCGCAAAUGUGGGGUCCACGACAGAUGAGAGCUCCACGGUGAUGCCACAGCAAAAGAAGGACACGGGUGCAAAAGAGGGUAUUACGAAAACUCCAGAAGAAGCUGAUAGUACGCUAACGAAGUCGGACGAUCACGAAUUGAAAGCACCAUGCCAGCAAAUGGAGAGUAUCUCCACUGGCUCGAUGAACACUCCCACUGAAGAGGAGAAAUUCACAGGGAAUGAGACUAUCGACAAUACCAACGACCAGGAGCCACAAAGAGCUCACGACAUUGUCGAUCAGGAGCCCCAAGACGGUUUGCGCCACGACAGCCACCAGCCCGAGCCCAAGGAAAAGGAUGAGGCUGCCGAAAAGGAUGAGAGUUCAGUAUGGAUCAAGCCAAUUGCGGAGAAAGACACCAUUGUAGAACAGAUCAUGAUCCCUUCACAGACCCCAGUUGUAUCUCAGCAUUGGGCUGGAUAUGAGGAUGAGGACAUAGUUGAUUAUAGCGACAGCGAGUUGUAG